AUGGAUAAAAUGAAAGAAGGAUUACAAAGACGUGCAAGAAGAAUGCAGGAAAAUCUUCAGCAAUCUGUUGGGUUAUCUGAAAAGAAGGACGAGUUACAGUGUAUAAAUCACAUUGAGCAACGUAAUCAAAAACUUGUUAGUGCUGUUAAGAAUACCAAACAAAAUCUGCAAACCUGCAUUCGCAAUAUAAAUAAAGAAGAAACGAUCGAAAAACGUAAACGUCGUUUAGACGAAUUUGGUCUCUGGCAACAACUACAAGUCGACGCAAGGGAAUUGGAAAAUGUAUUUUGUCGACAAGAGUCAUCUCUUUUAUGCGAUAUUCUUCGAUUAUAUGCCGAUGUUAUUGGCUCAAUUUUGGAAGAAAAAGUACUCACAGAUCAGGUGAUAGAAAAAAGUGUUAUUGAUGCUUUUGGAAAAUAUAUUGAAGAGGAAAAAUCCAUAUCGAAAGCAAAGGAUAAACUAGCUCGAACUGUGGUUGAUGUGGAAGUGAGCAGAAAAAGAAAAAAUGGCAAUCAUGAUGAAGCAAAGGCUCAAGAAAUUCAAGAUGAGUACGACGCUUUACAGCUAAAAUUAGAUAAUUACAAGGAUAAUAUUUUCACUGAUAUUUAUAACCUUUGCUCAAAAGAAACAGAAAUAGCUACAAUUUAUCAGAAUUUAAUAGUAGCUCAGCUAAAUUACCAUCGUGCAGUAGUACAUAAACUUGAAAGUAUUUUACCCGAAGUUGAUCGAAAAAUUGCUUCUUAUCGUAGGCGGCCUGUGUUUGGAAUUCAUCUCGAUGAUCACUUAUGUUCUUCUAAUCGUUCUAUUGCAAUAGUUUUAGAAGUGUGUUGUUCUGCUUUAGUACGACAUGGUUUCAAUGAAAAAGGGCUAUUUCGAGUAAAUGGCAAUAAUAAUCGUAUUCGUCGUAUGAAAGCUGCAUUUGAUGCACAUGAGAUUUGUGCUUCCACAAACGAACUGAGCGAAUAUGUAUCUGAUCCACAUUCUAUUUGUUCUGUUUUAAAAUGCUAUUUGCGUGAACUUCCAGAACCCCUUUUGACACGUGAACUGCAUACUGAAUGGGUUCGAGUCGCCAGAUUAGAACAAGAGUCUAGAAAAGACUCUAUAAGUGAAUUGCUCACCGAUCUUCCUGAAUCAAAUCGAUUGAAUUUGGCAUAUCUUAUCCGUUUUUUACAAUAUAUGUUAGAUUUUGAAGAAUACACCAAAAUGGGAGUCAGCAAUUUAUCGAUUGUAUUUGGACCCAAUUUGAUUGAUAGCAGGAGUGCGAACUCUGAUAAUAUGCUAGGUUCGAAAAUUGUUGAAAGUCUUAUUCUGAAUGCAGACUAUUUUUUUCCAAACGACAAAUUCAGUUUUAAUUCUUCAUUAACUGAUUCUUUUAAUCAACGAUUAAUCGAUUCUACGGGUGGAUUUGAAAUGGAAAGAACACCACCAAGGUCAACACAGUUACAAAUUGAUCCCUUCAUAACUUAUAACAAUAGUGCUCCUGAAGUUUCACCACAACCAUCUGUUGCUUCAUCACCACAAGGACAAUCAUAUAGAUCCCGUCCAAAAUUACCUGCCCCUCCACCUCCAUCAUGCGCCAAUAAUGUAGCAAAUAUAUUCAAUGAUCAUAUUGAAGAAAUGUGUACUAGUUUGGAGCAGUUAAAUACUAUAACAAGAAAAAGUCCUUCAAUUGCAUCGAAUGAUUCCAUGGCAGAAUAUGGUUGUAUAAAUAAUGAAAUAUCAGAGGAUUAUGACUGCAUAUCGAUGACAAGAUCAAUAAAUGAAAAUAAUUUGGCAAAGCCGUUACGGCCGCCACCUCCAAGAAAUACACGUCGCACAUCGUCUAGUCCGGAUCAAAUAUCACAAAUUUUUAUAAGGCCAACCUCAUAUAUUAAUGCAGUUUGUAUUCAAGAUUUUACUGAACUACCUAAACGAGAGUCAAGUGUAUCAUUUUCUAAUACCGAAGAUAAUCGCAAGAUUAUUCGUUUGGAAUCCGAGGCUUUUCAGCGUAGUCCAUCAUUAAUAACGACGAUUGCAAAUGUUCCAAUGCCUAAACCACCCUUGCCAAUGAAGCCGAAACCAAUUAUUGAUUUAAAACCGGAUGAGGUUACAAAAUUGUGA